AACCGCUCCUUAUCUAUCCUCUCCUCGAUCAUUGCUUCACGUAAUCCAUAACUUCACGUAACAAAACAGUCGCCGGAGUCUCGCCGGAAAAUUCAGUUAUGGAAGCGCCGGCGAGUUUGGAUCAAUCUCUAAGCUAAAGCGAGUUUACUUUUACUUGGAAGAGUUUACAAGUUAUUCCAUGUUUAGUUUCACAAGUUAGAGGAAAAUUAUCAUGACUAUAUAUAAUAAUAGGAAAAGCUAAAAAAGUAGAAUAAGAUAAUCAGAGAAACUUGCUCUGUUUUCAGUGUUUACAGUUUUGGCAGAACAUGUUAUUCCUUUUCUUUUUGUAACUUUUCCUUUUUUUGUGACUUUUUUUCGUCAUCAAAAUUUGAAAACGUAUGCGGAGAAUCGAGAAAAAGUGAUUUCGUAGAAGUUUGUAAACUUAAAAGUUUAAUCUCGAGAUUCGGAAAUGGAAGAAAUAAAUAAUAGAAAGUGCUUAUUGUGAACUUGUGAUGGUUUUUACUAUGAAAAUUCAACCGAUUGAUUUUCAGUUAGAUGAGGAGAGAACCGGUGUUGAACCGGUUAAGCCGGUUGUUAAGUCACGGCUGAAGCGGCUCAUCGAGCGUCAAUUCUCCGGUGUUUUGAGAAUUUCUGCUCCGGAGAAGACCACCGAUGGUGGUUUGGAACCGCAUUCAUACAAAGAAGCUGGUGAUUUCGAACCGAGCUCGAUGUGUUUGGCGAAAAUGGUGACGAAUUACAUCGAGGAGAAUCAUGAGAAACAAUCUGUUUUAGCUUCUGUCAAGUGUGGAAGAAGCUGCUGUAACUGCUUCAACAGAAACUGUGAAGAUAGCUCCGACGAAGAAUCAGACGCGCGUGGCAGCUUCUGCGUUUUUGAAGCAUGUGAAAUACUCAAGGGUUUGAUAGUUUGUAGAAGCGUUGUUGAGAGAAAUCUUCUAGCAGAUACUGCAAAGAUCGUUGAUAAGAAUAAAAUCUGUAAACGUAAAGAUAGUUUCUGCCGCAAAAUCGUUACUGAAAGUUUGUUAGCUCUUGGAUACGAUGCUUCCGUCUGUAAAUCACGUUGGGAAAAAUCUCCUUCAUGUCCUGCUGGUGAAUAUGAAUAUAUAGAAGUUAUAAUUGGGAAUGAACGGUUGAUAAUUGACAUUGAUUUCAAAUCAGAAUUUGAGAUUGCUAGAUCUACAAAAGCGUACAAGAUGAUUCUCCAGAAUCUUCCUUUCAUAUUUGUUGGCAAGUGUGAUCGUUUACAGAGUAUUGUGGCUAUUGUAUCCGAGGCGGCGAAGCAGAGUUUGAAGAAGAAGGGAAUGCCAGUUCCGCCGUGGAGGAGAGUCGAAUAUGUCAAAGCAAAAUGGCUCUCAUCUUACACACGAAUGAAUGUGAAUUCACAGAAUCAGAAGAAGAUUUUGAAGGAAAAUUGUGUUACCGAGAGUUCGGGCGAAGAGGAGAAGGUGGUUAUCGAAUGGAAGCCGCCGGAGUUGAAGCCUAAAGGUUCAUUGACUGGGGUUAAGGUUGUGACUGGUUUAGCAGUAGUUUUUGAGGAUGAUAACCCAUAGAUAAAUUUUGAUUGUUUCUAAUUUUGGCUUAAUUUUUCCCUUUUUAAUUUGCUAAUAUGAGGAUUAAGAAUCUAAUUGUGCUUGUAACAUCUCUAAUUCUAUCCCCUUCUGAUUUUUUCUUGAAGUAUGGGAUGGACUUUUUACUAAUAUGAAAUAUAAUAAAGUUGAGGUGUAGUUUUUGUAA